AUGGUCACAUCACCUCAGAGUCGUAUCGCCUCGCUUCUCAAGGCUCAGAAGUUGACCAAACCGGUUGCUCCGGAUCCGGGCGAAACUACUUUUGCGGAAAAGGAGUUUGAAGAACAGAUUGCUCGACAAGAGGCCUGGAAACAGCCAAAAUCUAGUGUACAGACCCGAGCUAUUCCUGCCCCAAAUAGCAGCGCAAAAGUUGCUCCAAAGCCAGCCCCAAUGGAAUGGCCUGACUAUGCCUAUGGAGGUAACUCAGGAGCCAAUGAGGUCCAGCUCUCUGGUUCAGAGGACGACGAAUACUCUGCUGCCUUUGCAAAGACGCCAAAGAUGAAGCCGCCGAAAGCUAGUAAGACCAAGCAAUCGACCACUACUAAGCACGAGGACUUCUCGACAGCCGUGGAACUUCGCAAGGAACUGGCGACGGCGGACAAGCAUGGCAACCUGGUCACCGGCCAUUUCUGUCUCCUGACCCUGGUCUCCAAGUUCCCCUACAAGUAUAUGUCCGACGGCGAAGAUCGAGUAUCUAAGCGCUUCUUCGCUGCGAACAAAUUUUAUGAUCGUACCUGGGAUCUCUACUACGUCUAUCCACCAGAGUCCUACAGCUCGUUGCCUAUCUUUCUACUGCCGUACACUCAAGUCAAAGAACUUAUCGAUGAGAUCGCUAAAGCCUUUGAUGCCGAUGUAGCUGUUCCAGCCUUCCCCUUCACCCUUACAUUCUUCGACGAUGGCACGCCACGACCACGUCUGCUGGGUACAUCACGCUCGAGAUCUCAGAUGACUGCUCUGCAAGAAGAAGUCCAGACGCCGCCACUUGGUCACGGUGAAGCUCCUCCAAACGCAUCAACAACUCUGCAGGCCUCUUUCACGGCUUUCAGAUCCAAAUGCGAACAAGCCAUCUCGGCUAAGAAGACGAAGCACUCUUCCUCCAAGCGAACGAAGAAGGACCAACCCCUGGACCAGGUCAGAAACUGGUGCAACUCCAUGAGUAGAGUUCAGAGAUACUUUGGUCUGCUGCCGGCCGAGCGAAGAGCCGUUGUGCCAUCUGCGGGCGCGAGCUGGGACGGGCAGGUUGAGUACGUGGAAGCACAGGCACCGAGUAACUCACUUGAUGCACUCAACAUCGACGAGCCUGCGCCCUUCGCUUUCGUCCACUUGCCGAUAUUCAUCAGCAUUGACAUCGAGGCAUGGGAGCGAGACCACCAUAUCAUUACCGAGGUCGGCAUCAGCACUCUCGACACUCAAGACCUUCGUGGACUAGCCCCAGGCAAGAUCGGAACCGCGUGGCGAUCGCAGAUCCGUUCACGUCACUUCCGACUGGAUGAGUUCAAGCAUUUCAGAAAUCGCCAGUUCUGCGUUGGCGAUCCUUCUUCCUUCCAGUUCGGCAAGUCAGAGCUUGUCCCAAAGAGCGAAAUUGGGAGUAAGAUUGACGCUUGCUUUGCGUGGCCCUGGUCUGUACAGUACAAGCACGAUGGCGAUCUGAAGAAACAAUGGGCUGAGUGGGAAGCAAUGGCGGGCAAGGACACAUCACAGGCUCCCGAGAAGCCAAACGGAACUGCCUCUACCGAAGACCAGCAGCAAGGUCCCAAAGCACGCACCAUAAUCCUAGUCGGCCACAACCUCAAAGCAGACCUCGAGUACCUCGCCCAACUUGGUUCCGAGAUCUUCGCCCUCAAGACAUCCACCGCCGUCCACGAAGGGCUUGGCGAAGCGUCAUCUCGCGGCACCGAAGGACUCAAAUCAAUCAAGGAAGCGCUGGACACGGCUACACUCUACAAGGACCUGAUGAAAGACAAUCAGCCGAAGAAGCUCGCCACCGUGCUCCAAAGCCUUGAGAUCGAUGCCUACUACUUGCAUAAUGCUGGUAAUGAUGCUCGGUAUACGCUGGAGGCUCUGGUGGCACUUGCUGUCAAGGCGCGUUUGGAGCGUGAUGAGGCUAAGAAGAAUGGUGCCGUGAAUGGAAGCGAGGAUGUGGCUGCGAAUGGUGAUGACGCGGAAGAGUCAAUCUGGUGA